UUUUAUCCUAAAAGUUGGGGAGGCGGAGAUAGGGGCAAGAAAACAGAAUCAACACAUAAACACAUGACUUCAAGCCAGGGCUAUAAAGAAAACAAAGCUAGAUUGUGCAAGGUGGAGGAGGCGGAAAGAGGAGGACAUAAAGGCUGUAGGGAAACCAGCAAUUAAAAAAAGAAGCUGCUUGAGUCAAGCGGUGGUGAGACAGAGGCAAGCCGGUUUUUGAGUUCGAGGCCAGCGUGGUCUACAGAGUGAGUUGCAGGAUAGCCAAGGCUACACAGCGAAUCCUGUCUUGAAAAAACAGAAAAAGAAAGAAGGAAAAGCGGGGUGGGGGGGUGAGGGAUGGGGGAUAACACAAGAGUUGUUGGAGGACCCCAGGUGGUGGUGGUGCACACACCUGUAAUCCCAGCACAUAGGAGAUGGAAAGAUACCCUCCGUGACAUAGGGAGUUCAAAGCCAGUCUGGGGUACUGAAGGUCCUUUCUCAAAAGAUCAAAAAGAAAAAAAAUUUUUUUUAGUCCUUUCUAGUUCGGGGAAUCAGCACCUCCUCUCCUUUUGGACCUUUGUCUCACCCCCACCUCCUCACCCCAUCCCCGCCAACUCCCGCGCGCCUUUUCUUUCUUUCUUUCUUCUUUCUUUUCCUGGCCUCAAACUCAGAUCUGCCUGCCUUUGCCUCCCCAAUGCUGGAAUUAAAAGUGUGUGCCAUUACAACCGGCUCCUUCACCCCUUUUAGUUAGGGCAGAUAUGCAAUCCCUACUUCAUCUUUCCCCUAAAGAGGGGCUAUUCACAGAGAGCAGCAGGGCUAGGGACUGUGGAAGCAUAGGGUUAGUGAACCCCGUAAAGACAAAAUUAUGUAUGUGUGAUGCGAUCUUGGGUGUGCUUGCCUGUACAAAGUGUGUGAAAGCCAGAGAAGGAUUUUGGGCAUCUCGCUCCAUCACUCUUCCUGUAAACAUCAUUUGCUAGUUCCAAAAACAUCACACAUGAGGAAAUACCUAAUCACUGGGCUACAUACACGUAAUGGUCUUUUAAAAAUUUUAUUCUUCGGGUGCUGGGGGUGGACCAAGGGACCUGAGUGCACUUUACACCGCUAAUCUUUCCUUCCCUCCUUCCCUCUCCAUCUCCCUCUCUUUCUCUCUCAUAGCUCAGGCUGGAGACUAACUAACGUUGUAUCCCUAAAAUUAUAGGCAGCUGUCACAAUACCCAGCUUUGUUUAUUUUCUGAGCCAGAGUGUCACUUUGUGGUCUAGACUGGCCUGGAACUCCCGGCGCUCCUCCUGCCUCAGCUCCCCCUAGCCCAGUCUGUACAUUUAAGACCUAGGAAUUGUGGUUGGGGGCUUGGGUUAUGCAGGUGCACCAGUUAAUACUUCCGGUAGAAACUCCCGACAAUCUUCCAGUGGUUCUGAUGCCCGGGCGGAGGAUUGCUCCGAAUCGCAGGGAUGGGGCGUCCAGGUACUGCGCAGGCGCUGACUGCCGCCUAACUCGGGCGAACGAUUCAUUCGGCAUUCCAUGCAAAGCCGCGGGCGAGGCAGACGGUCUCCCCACGCUCCGCGACACGGCGCAUGGGCGAGCCCGGACCCACCCGAGGGGCAACCGCCGCGCCUUCCGGUUCCGAUGACAGCGGCGCCGGAAGCCGGCUGGGCUGCAAGACUAGGUGACAGCCUGUGAGCUCCGGGUACCGGGGUGCGGGGCGCCCCGACCAAAGCCUGGAGAAAUUGUCGGCCACACCCUCCAAGGGCUGGUGGAGUCGCCCGGACUCAGACGUCCCAUUUUAGUGCACCUGACUGGGUCAGAGGCAGAGGCCACCAUGGAGCAGUGCGCAUGUGUGGAGAGGGAGCUCGACAAGGUCCUGCACAAGUUCCUGACCUAUGGGCAACAUUGUGAGCAGAGCCUGGAGGAGCUGCUGCACUACGUGGGCCAGUUGAGAGCUGAACUGGCCAGUGCAGCUCUCCAGGGGACCCCUCUCUCAGCCACGCUGUCCCUAGUAAUGUCCCAGUGCUGUCGGAAGAUCAAAGACACAGUCCAGAAGCUGGCUUCCGACCAUAAGGACAUUCACAGCAGCGUCUCCCGAGUGGGCAAAGCCAUUGACCGGAACUUUGACUCUGAGAUCUGCGGCGUGGUCUCAGAUGCUGUGUGGGACUCCCGUGAGAAGCAGCAGCAGAUCCUGCAGAUGGCCAUUGUCGAGCACCUGUACCAGCAGGGCAUGCUCAGCGUAGCUGAGGAGCUGUGCCAGGAAUCAACAUUGAAUGUGGACCUGGACUUCAAGCAGCCCUUCUUGGAGUUGAAUCGGAUCUUGGAGGCUCUGCAUGAGCAAGACCUAGGACCUGCACUGGAAUGGGCCGUUUCCCACAGGCAGCGCCUGCUGGAGCUCAACAGCUCACUGGAGUUCAAGCUGCACCGGCUGCACUUUAUCCGCCUCCUAGCUGGUGGCCCGGAGAAGCAGCUGGAGGCCCUCAGCUAUGCCCGACACUUCCAGCCUUUUGCUCGGCUACACCAGAGAGAGAUCCAGGUGAUGAUGGGCAGUCUGGUGUACCUGCGGCUGGGCUUGGAGAAGUCACCCUACUGCCACCUCUUAGACAACAGCCACUGGGCAGAGAUCUGUGAGACCUUUACUCGGGAUGCAUGCUCCCUCCUGGGGCUUUCAGUGGAGUCCCCACUCAGUGUCAGCUUUGCUUCUGGCUGUGUGGCACUGCCAGUGCUGAUGAACAUUAAAGCUGUGAUCGAACAGAGGCAGUGCACUGGAGUGUGGAGUCACAAGGAUGAGUUGCCGAUUGAGAUUGAGCUGGGCAUGAAGUGCUGGUAUCACUCUGUGUUUGCGUGCCCUAUCCUGCGACAGCAGACCUCAGAUUCCAACCCCCCUAUCAAGCUCAUCUGUGGCCACGUCAUCUCCAGAGAUGCACUCAACAAGCUCAUCAAUGGAGGAAAGCUAAAGUGUCCCUAUUGUCCCAUGGAGCAGAACCCAGCAGAUGGGAAACGUAUCAUAUUCUGAUUCCAAGGAACAUUUUAGAAGGUGUAAUCCACCCAUGGGCCUUUGUGGAGGGACUGGCUUCAGCAGACUGUGAUGCCUUUCAGACCAGCAUUACCAAGAGACCCAACCUGCCCAGGCAGAGGCCAGGGAAGGUCUUGAACCAGCCUAUGCCACUUUACCUGUGAGGGGGACUGGCUGUUCUGUUCCUGCUGCCUUUCUGUUUACACUUGCCCCUGACUGAGCAGCAAAUGCCUUGGCCAUGAAAUGUAGACAUCUUUCUAAUUCUGCUGUCAAACCAGGGGUUUCCAGCCGUGGCCCACCUCCUACUGUACAGUCUCAACUGUAUCUACCCAUUCUCCACUGUAAAUAGCCCGUUAGAAUGAAUGCUGUUUUAUAACUUUGAGCAAAUAUAUUCACAGCCCUUCUCCUUA